AUCUUUGUGAAAUUUGCUGAUACCCGCAGAAUUAUUUGCUGUUUUGCCCUAAUUAAUUUUUUUUUACUAGAGAUACACGCAGAAUUAUUUGCUGUUUUGCCGUGUACACGCAGAAUCAUCUCAGAUAGGCUUUAGGUCACUGUAAAAUUCCUCCCUAAAUUCAUGAAAUUUUAAAGUAGUUUUGGCAGAAUAAUCUGAUAUUUUGCCCGAAUUUUUUGUACUUGGAUUAGGGUUUAUCUCACUGUAUAAUUCUUCCCUAAAUUCAUGGAAUCAGAGUGUUCAACUUUUUCAGAAAUUUCGACGAUGCACAUUGGAAAUUGAAGUGUGAAAAAUGUCGGGAUCUGAGUUAGGAUUGAUGGAUAAUAUUGGGAUGCAGAAGUCGCCGGUGAUAAUGUCGCAGCCGGGAGUACAUAGCAUGCAGAUUAGUUUCGGUGCUGACGGUAAUCCGGUCUAUAAGCCGGUAACUGGUAAUGGAAAUGGCGAGGGAAUGAACAUUAACAUGACAAUGGGGGAGCCAUUAAAGAAGAAGAGAGGUCGGCCUAGAAAGUAUGCCCCAGAAGGUUCUGCUCCACCUCCUGUUCACGUGACAAAAAAUCAACCGUGUUCUGGGGGGUUCUCUUUAUCGCGACAGCAGCUAUCGGAGGUGAUUCCGGCUCAACAUCAGGUUCAGCGGCAACACCAGCCGACACCACCUCCUCUGCACACUGUUUCUGUGGAGGUGGGAUCAUCGCCAUCAAAAAAGGGUCGAGGAAGACCCCUUGGUUCUGGAAAAAAGAACCAAAUGGAUGCUGUUGGUGGUUCACCUGGAAUUGGUUUUACUCCACAUGUCAUUACUGUCAAUGCUGGCGAGGAUGUAGCUUCUAGGAUCAUGUCAUUUUCUCAAAGUGGUCCAAGGGCUAUCUGCAUUCUUUCUGCAAUUGGUACUAUAUCAAACGUGACCAUUCGUCAGUCGGCGACCUGUGGAGGAUCUGUGACAUAUGAGGGGCGGUUUGAAAUUUUGUCGCUCUCAGGGUCCUUCAUGCUUGCAGAUAGUGGUGGUCCACAAAGCAGAAGUGGUGGUUUAAGUGUCUCCUUAGCAGGGAGCGAUGGCCGUGUCUUUGGUGGUGGUGUUGCCGGUCUCUUGAUUGCUGAAUCCCCGGUACAGUGCUUGCUAGAAGCUCAAGCCUUCAAAAUCAAAAUAAUGUAUGAGAAAACCCAGAAAUAUAUCAAGUAUCAACCAAUAUAUUAUGAAGGCUGAAAACACAGAAGCAAACAGCAGAUAAGCGGAAUUGAGGAAGGAAGAUAGCUCAUAAGAAGGAAGAUUGAACCUUUUGCCAGCCUUUUUGGUUCUGUGGACGCUUGAAUUGUAUCAGCUUCACCUUCUUUUGCUUCCUUCUCCACCCCCUUGCUAUCGCAGCAUCUGGACUUUAUAAUGAGCCAAUGAGAGGCUUUGGCAUUGUAUAUAAAUAAACAUAUUGGUUUGGCUUAAGCUUUCACAAUUUGUUGUAGAAAAAGUGAUGCAGGUGCAUCUAAAACAAAUUUCCAUGGAGCCCAAUUUAAAGGAUUGCUAGCAACAAAUAUUUUACGAGUAUUGCUCAUACAAAACACCGAAUGAUUUGAGAAUGAACAACAAAUAAAGGGGAUUUUUUAACCAUGAAAAAAGCUCACCUAGUUGCUUAGGUUUUCUACCCAUGAAGAAAGCUCACCUACUUGCUUAAGCUAUUAGCUUACUUAUCCUAUGGUUAAGUAACCUCCUAAGCACCUCUAUGUGUUGUCUUCUUUACUCAUCAAAGCUACCUUAUAGCUUAGGUUAGGUGGCACAAGUUAAGACAUGGAAGGACACAAAUUGAAAAAGGAAGCUGCCAACCAAAAAGGAUGAUUUACAACACAUCUUCUUAGCAUUUUCUUAUUAUUUCCUUCCUCUUAAGUUUUCCUUUAGUGUUAAGUAAUUUUACCUAUAAAUAGCCAUGUAUGUUUCAUUGUGAAAUCAGAAUUUUGAGAGUGAAAUACAAGCAUUGUGCUUAGAGUAAACUUAGUUUACAUGUGUUUAGAGCAUUUGGGUCUUUUAUGAGAACAAGUGUUGUGUCCAAAAAUCUUAAUACCUUUAUCAAUAUAAAAACAAGUCUUUAUAUUGUGGUGGUUUAAGUACUAGCUUAACUUGUUGAGAAGUGUUCCGCUUUGAGAGUUAUACUAGUUUCAAAUACAAAUCGUGUGUAGCAACCUUAGCGAGUCUAGAGAAAUAUUAUUGCAUCAGUCCCUUUAACCAUCCUUUGUUUAUCAUUAUAACCGAAACACAAAUAGACCAUCACACCCUAAACCUUACGCAUCAAAAAGGUUUUCAUCUCUGCUUUCUAGUUUUAUCAGAAAACAGAAAUUUGAAAAAGGGAAAAUCUGCAUGUCACUGGAAAAUAACUUAUCUUGAAUCUUGCUAGUUUUCGUUUGUGUACCUCUAUACUUCUCUCUCCAGAAAAGUUUAUAUCUUUGAAUUGUUGUUCUUCUAUGCUUUUAUUGAUUAACUUGGGAUGUGUUGUGUAACCAAGUUAAAGGAUGACAAACAUACAUGAGAAAGCUUUUGCCUGAACACUCUUAAGAGAUAUGGUCCAUUUUUACGGUGUUCGUAAAAAUUUAGAUUUACUAAUGGCUAUCUCACUAUUGCUCAUACUUUAAAGAUCAUACUCCCUCCGUUCCUUAAAGAAGUUUCCAAUUUUCAUUUUGAGUGUUUCAUUUGUUGUUCCCAUAAAAUAUCUACAUCACAAAUUUUGGACAAAAAUAAUAUUGCUCAUUCUCAUUUUAAUAUUUUAUAAUGCUUAUGGUCCCCACAUAUCUUUCACUAAUUUCAUUUUAAUAUUUUUAUAUUCCUUAUGGUCCCAACAUGUUUCUUACUAACUCUCGAAAAAUAUUUUUUUAUUAGUUGUGGUCCUCAUAUUUUUUUCACUAUCUUUCUUUUAAUAUUAUUUUAAUAUUUAUGGUCUCUAUUUUUCCCCAAUCAAUUUUAUUAUUCAAUAAAAUAAUAUUUUCACUAUCUAAAACAUUUUAUUUUUUUAAAAUUUCAGUGAACAUUCCUUAUGGGAAUUUUAUUAAAGAACGGAGCAAAUAGUAUUCUAAUCAAAUCUGAACAAACCACUAAGCAGAUUUGAUUGAUGUACACUAAGCAGAUUUGAUAGUAGCUCUCU